UUGAAACGAGUGUCCGCACAUUGUGUCGAAUCAAUACGGUAGUGAUUUGGAACCGUGCGUCGGUGCUCCUUUGACAUUUUUCCUAUCACUACCUAUAAUCGCAAACAACUUUUACACUCUAGUCAACUCUGAAGCAAGAUUAAAUGCAGCGUUGAGUCGUUCGAAUUGAUGCAUAAAUGAAAGACGGUGGGGUUUCUUAGAGCCUGCUAGCUUAGCUAAGCUAUUUUGGCUGUUAUGUUAACAAAAUGUCGUUUUUGUCGAACAAACAACCUAUCAAGAUGUACUAACUAAUAUUGAACGUUUUGAUUAUCUGAAAACAUUGAAUUGGUGCUUUGUACUUUUCCCACUAUAAUUAAAUCACCAUUAUGCUACUUUCCCUAACAAGCAAUGCUAAUCGUUAGCUUCUAGCUAUCUGCCUCAUCCAGUGCUUGCAGUACUAUUUACAUUAAACACUGACUAUAUCAGCAGCCUGCUGUACUAUAGUAGCAUGGACGAAGAGAUGCGUCCAUUACCAUCCGAGUACUGUUACAUAAUAACAAAACUGAAUUGUACCUGUCAGUCGCAUCCAUAUCCUCUCCCGUGACGCAAAAGUGACUUUUGACACAUUCGUUCAGUUAGCGGACAUUAUGGACAUUUGACUAUCGGAUUAAAAGGAAUUUCACGAGAUGGACUCUAACCCCUUGAUAAGUGCCAUGGACCCAUCCAUUACACUAUGGCAGUUCUUGCUGCACCUUCUGGAGGACCAAAGUCACAGGCACCUGAUCUCCUGGACCUCUGGGGAUGGAGAGUUCAAGCUGCUGGACGCAGAGGAGGUGGCACGUCUCUGGGGGCUCCGCAAGAAUAAGACCAACAUGAACUAUGAUAAACUGAGCAGGGCACUCCGAUACUACUAUGAUAAGAAUAUUAUAAAGAAAGUAAGUGGGCAGAAAUUUGUCUACAAGUUUGUGGCCCACCCUGACCCUUUGGCUGUGGACGGUGUCCGAGGUGGCGAGGACGGUCAGCAACACGAGAAUGCUGAUACAGCUGGCCAGACCAGGUCUCCAGGAGGGGGGUCUUCGAACUGCUCAUCCAAGAACCUGCAGAUUCAGCAUUCUUCUCCAGUUUCUGUCCAGCGCAGCUCUCGUAAUGACUACAUGAAGUCAGGCCUCUACUCCACCUUCACCAUCCAGUCCCUCCAAGCUCCUUGCAAAACCUCUCUUCGGCCUAUAAAGAAUGAGUUGCUGAUUCAGGACUCUUCCACCAGACCCUAUUACAGCACUGACCAACCACUAAGGGAGAUGUGCGUGGAAGGAAAGAGCUCCAUGCAGGGCUGUGGCGGUGUGGAGAGCAGCCUGCAGGUCAUAGUGACCCAUCCCUCGCCCUGUGCCACUCCCGCCCUUAGCCCACAGACCCCAUCAGGCUCAACUACAGGGAGCUUGACGUCGCAACUAAAGACGUCCCAGAGCCUAAGUGACCCUCCUCAGGUCUAUUUGACCAGUGUAUCAGACCCUGGCUCCCUCACUCCUCUUACCCUAACCCCUGUUGGGGCCCCAGGCGCACCAGGGGAGUGUGUGGUAAACCAGCCCCAGGGCCACCCUGUCUUUGUGGUCAUCAAACACUCACCUGUGGCGCAAUCCAAAGAACAAAGCCACUCGUCGGAAGAUGAGCUGGUGGAGAUUAUCAGCUUUGAGGAGAAGCAUCAUACAGAAGAGGUUUCAGAAGCUUCAUCGGGACGAAGGGAACCUGAAGCCACCCUCUGCAUUGAUGUCCCCCCACCCUGCAUGAACCCAGCAGGCCAACAUGUUGGUGAAGGGGAGGGACAGGGUAAAGACAAGGCACACAUACCAGAAAAUUCCAUGACUCCAGCAGUUGAUAUUCCAACAGCUCCUCUUCCUGCACCCCAGGAAGUACAACCCCCAAAAACCAAGAAACCCAAAGUCUUGGAACUUCCCUCUUCCUCCACACUCCUGCCCCCUGGCCUGUCUCUGGAUAAGGUAAAUGCUGCAGUCAACAGCAUUCUGGCCCCUGGAAGUGCCACCAACACCCUAACUCCUACUGUCUUCACAUCCCAUUCUCUGACCCCUGUAUUACUGACACCCAGCCCUCUCCCCUCCACCAUCCACUUCUGGAGCACGCUCAGUCCCAUCGCUCCUAGGAGCCCGGCCAAGCUGUCUUUUCAGUUCCCUUCCAAUGGAAGCAAUCAUAUCCAUAUUCCUGCCUUGAGUGUGGAUGGCCUGUCUACUCCUGUAGUGCUGUCACCAGGUCCACAGAAACCAUGAGGCAAGACUUGGACUUCUUUCACAGAACCGUCAUCGAUUCCCCAAUUCAGCCUAUUGGAGGUUGGGGCCAAGAGGACAUUAGGUAUACUCCAUGACCAAGCCAAGUGCACUCGGCCAGAGUACACUCAUGAGUGGUAAGCUGGAGGCCAAAAUGCUUUUGAUUGAAUUAUUUUAUAGCAGAUGAGAGCCUGCUUUCACAGAGCUUAACGAUAGGCUAGCCCAGUAGCCUCGCACUUAUUCUUAAUCAAGACCAGGUGGUGAGGUUGGAUUGAAUUAUAGAGGGGCUACUUUUUCUUUUACUAUUGUGUCUUAUUUAUUUUUUGUCUCGAGAAAAAGGGUAUUUUUUGGUGCAUCUCUCUUUUUGUAGAUUCAUAUUUUUGCUUGAAUUUUUGUAACUUGUUAAGGGCACUUGACUGUAUAGAAGAACAUAAACUGAAUUGGUCUAUAAAAGCAUUAUGGUAAUUGCAUUGUUUUAUAUGCAGUUCAUUUUCUUCUUAAGUAACUUUCAAAUUGCCAGUUGCAAGAAAGGAGAGACUGGUAUCUGUUGUGGUACCAUUCAAAGAUUUGUACUCCAAGAUAAGCUUAGAUGGAACUUUGAGGCUUGAUGCAGUUUUUAAUAAGGAGCCAAGUCAUUUGAACAUUUUACAAUCAAGGUAAAGAAAUGGAGCUACACUGAUAAUCUCAUGGCUGGAUUUGAACAUUUAUUCUGGAAAAGUUGACCUUUCCUGUUUUAAUGUGCUGGUGGAUGUGUUAUAACGAUUCAGAUGAAUAGAUGUAUUGCUUAUUUUCAUGUACAAUAGUAAUUAUAUUUGUAAUUAUAUUCCAUUGUGACUGAACAUGUGAUGCUCAGUCAUGUUCACAGUUACUAUCCAUUCCAGGUUUUCCUUUAUUUUGAAAUUCUUUCCAUUUUAGUGCCAUGAUGAAAACAUUGAAUCAUGUGAAACUUCACCAAAGACCAGCUGUUAUUUUAGAGAUACAGUAGUAGCCUUCAUUGAUGAAAGGGCUAUGACACCUUAUAAUGCUAUUGAAGUCACAGACAAUCCAGUUUACUUGCAUAAUGGAUUUAGAAAAAAAAACCAAUAUAUCCAAGGAUAUAUGGCAUGGUUACAACCAACUAUAACUUACUGUAGAUCAGGUUAAGCUUUUGAUCAACUUUUAUUUAGAAAGUUUAACAUUUGUUGUUCUUACUAACAUCUAGUGGAUGUAUACGUUUUUUUUAAUUAUUUUAGGUUAUGACAACAUAAUUGGACAUUGGUACACAAAUCUGCAUGAUGUUUAUCACAAAGUUUAAAAAGUCUUGUUGGUUGCUUAGGAACAAUCCAACAAUUAUGCUUUAUAUAAUGUGAACAUUCUUUAUGUACAUUGUAGCUCUUAAAAGUGUAGACAAGAGCAUUCAAGAGUUCUGACUUGUGUCAUUGGUUGCACAGCUUACUACUUUAUCAUUGAGUAAAGUAGCAGUGCCCUACUGUCACCUGUUAUUGGAAUUGCAAAUUUCUCUGUUACUAUACUGGAGUCUAUAUUGCAGUCAUUUAAAGCCUAUGUGUUGUCCUACAUAGGUUAGUUUGUCAUUACAAUCCAAUAAUAUCUGAAUUCAUCUAAUCAAAAUGUGUAGUUUGCACUUUGAAAACUUGCAAUUCUUGUUUAUUUUUGAUCAUGUUUAGGACAAGUCUAUGUUUUGUUUAAGUCUGUCAAAAUAUGUCAAAUUGUAUACAAAUGAGAUGAUUCAAUCAAAACAAAGCUUUUUGCCAUGGGAAUUUGUUAUUUUGGGAUAUUUUAAAGAACGGAUCAAUAUGUAUUUUAAAUUUAAUGUGUAUUAAAAAAUAAAAUAGGAGUGCCUCAAGAACAAGUUUGGCAAACAGUUUGUGUUUGGGUUGAGUCCCCUCCCCAGAAUGUAAUGUAAUGGCUCUAUGCGAUCACUGCUCUGUGACUGUUUGUUUCUCUGUGAACCUGUCUCACCUCUGGCUUUAGAUACAGGUGCUCAGGAGAUCCAAAGAAAUGGCUUCAUACAAUUACUAAGCAACUAUUGAAAUGAUGUCAAAGCUGCUCGCUCAGGAGCACUUAAAACAAUCUUACUGAAUGUUUGGCUAUUCUGAGUGUCAAAGAACACCAUCUUAACCUACUGCUGGUAAAAUAUAGACUGUUGGCCAGGGAUUUCAUGCAUAGCACUUUACCUUCAACUCAAAAUCACAGUGUCAAAACCCUAAGGGACUGCCUAUUUUCUACUCCAUCCACAGUCACAAUCAGCAAAAACUAUAUGCUAGUAUUGAAAUAAUGUGUAUCCCUUCAUGAAAUCAGUAGCCCUUCUCUUUUCGGCUUUCAUAUGACAUUUCAAGUUUAUUUGUGCUCAGUCACCAAUUAGAUGUCAUGGUGGUACACUUAAAACAAGAAAAUGCCUUUCAUCAUCCAUCUCAAUUCUAAAAAUAUUUUCUUACUUUGAUCACACUUGCAACUGUACCGUUUCUAAAUAUAAAUGCAGUCUUUUCUGUAACAGUGCUCUUAACAAUGCCUCGUUGGCAAGACUGUCUUUUUGUGCAAAUUUCAUGUAACAAAAUUGUAACAUUGUGGAAACAAGAUUAUGAAUGCCUUCAUAGUCUGUAUGUUUACAAUAUACACACCAGGCUUUUGUGUUGUACAUCUCAGGCUGCAUGUUCUGCUCAUCAUAUUUUAACAGUUAUGUGCUAAGAUUAUGCCAUUGUAUAUUCUGGUGAUUUCUAUGUACUAAUUCAGCAACUAUACUUACAAUAGGUUGUGUGUAAUAUUAUGUUUCUGUAAUGUAGGCACAGUACUGUGUUGAUCCUCCUGCCUUUGUAUUGCUGUAGUACUUGUGGUAUAUCUUCUCAAAUCUGGCAUGUUCGUACUGUGUAGACAAUUCAAUGAAAUGUGUUUAUCAGUGCCCAGACACUUCUGACAUGAAUGUUGACAAAUUGCUCAAGUAUCUGGCCUGUUUCUAUACUUGACAACAGGUUUUUAUUUUUGACCAAUAGGCCAACAGUAGGUUUUCAAUGCAGCUUGAGAAACAGUGAUACUAUGGUAAUGUCAUUUGCAUAGAGGUAUAAAUGACAGUGUUUUACAUGAGAUUUCUACGAAAAAUAUAAUUUUGCUCAUGCUGGGACAAAAGCCUUUGUAGAGGUUCUUGUGUACCAUUUGGAAAUACAAACCUAAAUAAUAUACCUAAGAAUACUGUAUGUUUGUUUGCACAUUAAUAAUUGUUUUUAUUGAAAUAUAUUGCUGUUGGUAUUGUAGUCUUAUUGCAUAGAUACAGCACUACCAUGCAUUCUAUGAUAAGAGAAUACUGCUGUAUUCGGACCUACUGCAUUUAUGCACAAAAGACAUGUAAUGUGCUGUAAAUGUUGUAACACUUUCAUAUUCAUGCUUGUCAAUGGAUAACAUGAAAAAAGUCACCUGAUCCUC